UAUGUCAGUGCUGUGUGUAAGUUGACUAUACAAACUAUUUGGAAUUUCCAACAAAUGAAUGUUUCUUACAAAAAACUAGAAGUCUUUCCUCAACUCUUAGCCAGGAGAGACUGGCAUGCACAGUAUUAAUAUUAACCCUCUGAUUACAAUGAAGAGCAAGACAUGCCGCUCUGUUCUGGGCCAGCUGCAGCUUAACUUGCUCUUUCUUAUUAAUGUGUUACAUAUACCUUUGAUUCUUAAGUGAUAUAACUUACAAACUUAGUACAGAAUCCAUAUAUCAUAACCCAAACAAUGUAAAGUUUCAAAAUAUACAUAAGCUGUUGGUCCUUCAGUUGAGAACAGUAGAAGGUUUUUCAAGCCCAUCCCUCAAGUUCAGCUGUUUAGUUGAAAAAUGAAUUGUGGCUAUUGUACUGUAACUGGGUUCACCACAAAACAAAGAGUACAUGAAAUGCAAUACCCAUGUCUUUUCAGUGUAUUUAUAACCUAUUGUUCGUGUUGUGCCCAAGAACAUCACUUAGCCGUGUGUAUUUAUGAUCAUCCAUGGGUUCUCAUGCCUUAUUGCUUAAUUCAUAUUUCAUUAUGUUAUUAAUCCUAUUUUCAUUUUUUUUUUUAAUGAUCUAUAUGCACAGCUUGCUAAAGUAGUCUUUAGAACAAUACGGUCGUGAGAUAGAGCAGGCUUGAUAAGUUGGCACAAUCGAGGGCUUUGUGCUCUGUGGCUCUCUGCAUUUUUAUUUUUAAACUAUUUGCUAGGCCUUCUAUCAGCUUGCAUCUCAGACUUGAGUCCAGUGUCUGCUCUCAAUAGCCUUCUGUAUAAAGACAGAAAAGAGCCCUUCCCCUGUCCCUCUACCCCCCUCACGCUCUCUCUCUCCCUCUCUCUUUCUCUAUGUGCCUCUCUCUCUUUCACACACUGACAAGUGCAAGUCCCCUGACAGGGAGCCUGAUCACUUUGAGAGUUGAAAGUGGAGGAGGAGGGUGCCAGAGACAUCAGGUUUGCAUAAUAUACAGAGAGAGAGAGCACCUGCCAGGUGAAUGGGCUUCGGUCAUAUGUAAUGAUAAGGAAAGUACUGGACCAUGAGGUGGGGUUGUGACAGCAUGUGUGACCCAACGGGAGCAGGAAAAAGGCACCAGUGGACCGGACAGCUCUUCUUAUACUCACUGCUAUACACUCUGAGGAGAAACAACCGUCCUAGGGUUCAACUUCAGUGGAAUUUUUAAUCUAACUGCAGUUGCUGGAUUUAUGCACAAAAGGAUAACCCUCAAUUUGGGACCAUGGUUGUCAAACAGGGGAGGCAAUGGAGGUCGAUGUGCAAAGGCCUUGUCCUGGGUGCCCUACUUACCAGCUGUAUGAUCCUGCUCUACUGCCUUUCUGCUCCACAGGUCCACUUCAACCUGCCCGAGGUGCCAGUGCCUUACUCCUGCGCUCAUCAGCCUGCUCAAGCCCACGCCACACCAUUCACAAAUGGCUCCCAGCAUGCCGCGGGACAGACGGGCCUCUGCACUCCCAAAGUGGAUGUCAUGUUCAUGAAGACCCACAAGACGGCCAGCAGCACGCUCCUCAACAUCCUCUUCCGUUUCGGAGAAAAGCACAGGCUCAAGUUUGCCUUUCCAGACAGCCGUAAUGACUUCUUCUACCCAUCCCCAUUCCAACGCUCCCAGGUCAAGGACUACAGGCCUGGCAUGUGCUUCAAUAUCUUAUGCAACCACAUGCGCUUCAAUGCACCGGAGGUGGCCAAGGUGCUCCCCACAGACACCUCCUACAUCACCAUCCUCAGAGACCCGGCUGAGCUCUUUGAAUCCUCCUUCCACUACUUUGGCCGCCUGGUGCCCAUGACCUGGAAAAUACCAGGCAAGGACAAGGUGGGGGAGUUCCUGCGCGACCCCCGCCACUACUUUGACCCUGAUGGCUUCAACUCCUUCUACCUCAAGAAUCUUCUGUUCUUCGACUUCGGGCAGGACAACACUCUGGAGCUGGGCGACCCGAGGGUGGAGGAGGGCAUCCGGGCCAUCGCAGGCUGCUUCCAGCUGGUCAUGCUGGUGGAGCACUUUGAGGAGUCCCUCAUCCUGCUCAUGGACGCCCUCUGUUGGGAGAUGGACGACCUGCUCUUCUUCAAGCUCAACGCCCGGAAGGGCUCCACCGUGUCCAAACUGACCCCAGAGUUGAGGGCCAAGGCCCUGGAGUGGAACGCCGUGGACUGGAGGCUUUACCAACACUUCAAUGCCACCUUCUGGAGGAAGGUGGAGGCAUACGGGCACCAGCGGAUGGCUGACGACGUGGCGGAGCUCCGGAGGAGGAAUGCAGAGAUGGCGGCCGUCUGUAUUGAGGGAGGGCAUGCUGUGGAUGCAGAUAGCAUCCAGGAGACAGUCAUGCAGCCCUGGCAGCCCAUCGGGGAGAAGUCCAUCAUGGGCUACAACCUGAAAAAGAACGUGGACAAGGCUCACCUCAAGCUGUGCCGUAAGAUGCUCACACCCGAGUUGCAAUACCUGACAGAGCUGGGGGUCAACCUGUGGAUCACUAAGCUGUGGGGGCAUGUGAGAGACAUGAUCAACUGGUGACAAGCGGGUGACUGGAGAGAUGGGCCAAUGUUACAUUAGAGAGCAUAGAGAGAGAGUGAGUGAGUGAGUGAGUGAGUGAGUGAGAGAGAGAGUGAGAGUGAAUGAGUGAGUGAGAGAGAGAGAGAGAGAGAGAGAGAGAGAGAGAGAGAGAGAGAGAGAGAGAGAGAGAGAGAGAGAGAGAGAGAGAGAGAGAGAGUGGUAUAUCCUUGGCCUGAAUGCCUGCAUAAGGUCAUAAGGGGUUGUGUUUAGCAUGGAAUGAUGAACUCUUCCUAUGUGUCAGCAGUAUUGACUUGUUUGCCUAAAUGGAAAACUCCACCUCAAAACAAUCUUGUUGUAUUUGUUUCAUUAGUCCAUUGUUGAUAUUGUCCCAAAUGUUUUUGCAUGUCAGCAAUCAAGUUUUCAGAAAUACAGCUAGUAUGAUGCAUUUUGAAUCAUAUGAUGCUGUGUUUUGCAUAAGAUGAUGCAAAAUGCGUCAUACCAGCUGUAUUUCUGUAUUUUGAAAGUUAUAUAUCUUGAAAACCUGAUCGCUGACUAGCAAAACAUUUUGGGACUAUAUCAACAAUGCAGUGCUUAUUUUGUAAAUUGGUAGGUGCCAGAACAAAGUGUGCCAGAAAGGGAGGUGACUUGAGGGGCUCUGAUGUACCAGAAUGCAUGAAAAAAAAUCCCCUUUAUAAUAAAUUCCAUGCAGAAUUAUCAUAGCUUUUGCUACUGGCAUACAGCAGUAGAAAAGAAGAGCUUGCAUAAAUUGAACAUAUGGGGGGAAAAAAAUUGUAGCCUAGUGUCCGUGAAAAAUGUGGCCUUUUAUUAAAACAUUGAAUUAAAUUAAUUCUACAUCAUUUUAGAUUAGCAUACUAUUUUUUAAUACCUCACAAAUGAUCGAAAUGACAGGCUACUUUGACACUGACAAACUGAGAAUCUGAGAUCACUAGAAAUUAGUUUGUCUUAAAUCCAUCAAUAGCCCAGGCCUAGGUGUGCGGGGAGACAAAUAGUAUACAAUAUGAGGAGGAAAUUAUAGUCCUAAAAAAGCUUUGCAGUUUCAGUGACUCUCCCAAUGAUGCGCUGCUCACUUGCCGGUGAUGGCGGAUGCGCUCGUGCCAAAAAGCUUAUCUCUCUCGUGUUUUACUUUGUAAAACAAUGCUGUUGUCUCAAUAGGCCUAUUUGGAAGUUGAUAACAGAUUAGCCUUCUUUUCAGCAGGAUCCAUUUGCUUUCCAACCUGUGUUUUCCCGCGAUUGUAUUUGAAAUAUUGCGAAAUGUCUGUUUUGGCUGCAUGCUGUUUGUUCACUGAACGAUUUCCCGCGCGUUCCGGACUGUAGGCAUGCCUUGCGGUUCGACUACACACAAUCCACACCUAGACAAAAAAAUAAAAUAAACUAUUGAUCCUCUGUGGGUAAAUUAUAGGUUUACUCCUGAUCUAGUAUUCAGAAUUGUUUAAUUUCUUCCUGAACAGACAGCAGUACGCAUAUAGCGUUGGCAAAUGUAGGCUAUUUUAAUCUAUCAGGGUUGCUGCGGCACCUCCAGCAACCUUCCUGUGGCUAUGAUUAUAUAAGGAAAUAAAUGAUGAAGUGCAACGCUGGAGAGAAGAGAGUUGAAGGUUCAUGGCUAUCAGAGUAGAAAGAGGGAGAGAGAGAUCGUAGAAAGUGAAUCUCAUUUUAGUUAUGUAAAGGAUACAGUCGUGCUUCCGUCUCUAACCACAGCAAUGGUCACGCGUUGGUAUAGGGCAAAUUGUUAGGCAAACCAUAAACCCGGGCCAGCCCAACAUUAAUACAUUCUUAGAAUAUCAGGCACGUUUUCCCAUUACGUUUUUACGGGACAGGAGAAUUACAGAGGAGUCAAAGUUGAAUUAACUCUGAUUGCUUUCAUUAUAUUUUUUACAUUGCAAACAGUGAAAAUAAUUGUUCAUGCCACAAGAUGUACCGGAUCCCGGCAAAUGAGUUCUGGAACGAAAAUGUCCAAAACUGAGAAGUGCCGGACCUGUUCCAGCAGAAUCCGGCACAAAUUAAGCACUGCAACAAUUGACCAAUGAAACAAAUACCAAAAUAUAUUUUCCCAUAAAUACAGCGCAUGUUUGCAAAAUGUUAUGUACCCGGUAGGUGCUUGAGAACGGCAAGGUGUUCAGUUACAAUCUGAAGAUAUGCAUACCAUUGUAACAUACGCCACUCUCCCGCUUUAAAAUGUGUGUUGUGUUUAUAAGGGGCAAAUGGUCCCUUUUAUUUCCCCCCUAUUUAUUUAUGGUGGAAUUGAAUAUUAUUGAAAACUGACCCGAACCAUUUCCCCAUUUGUCUAUUUGUUUGGUUUCAAUGACAACAAGGUCAGAUUCCCCUUUAUGAAAGACACAUAUUCAAGAACAUAUUGAGGGCAAAUCUAGAACAAUAAAAUGUGAAUACUGAAUAAUCGGAUCUAACCCAUCAGCCCUGCCAAUAUUAGAAAGUGAUACUCUUGUAUUUUCGAAAUAAAGACCAAAUUAAAAAGG